ACGACACAACCUGCGCUGGUAUGGCUACGCAAUCGUCAGACAAUCUCACAAGAUUUGCCCUCAGCGGACUUUCCAACAUGUGCGGAGGGGCAGUUACAAAUCCUAUUGAUGUCAUAAAGAUUCGCAUGCAGCUUGAUAAUGAACUUGGUUCAAAAAUCAGCACUAAGAACAUUUUCAAAGACCGUUAUUACAAAGGAUUUAUAAGAGGUGCCAUCAGAAUCUUCUCAGAGGAAGGCUUCAGAGGCCUUUACAAAGGUCUUGUCCCUUCAAUGAUGAGAGAAGGUUCGUACAGUACUAUUCGCCUUGGUGCAUAUGAGCCCAUAAAAUUUCAACUUGGCGCCACUGACAUUGCUCACACUCCGCUGUGGAAAAAGAUUGUUGCUGGAGCGACUUCAGGAACUAUAGGCAGCGCCAUUGCCACACCCACGGACCUGGUCAAGGUUCGUUUUCAAGCCGUGGGCCCUGGUCACGAGUCGGAAUAUCGACACACUUUUCAUGCGUUUUGGACAAUUGCCAGAAAGGAAGGUGUAAGAGGACUGUGGACAGGCGUUGGACCUACAGUUCAACGCGCAGCCAUCUUAACAGCCGCACAGAUUCCAUCGUAUGAUCACACUAAGCACACACUUUUAAAUGCUCAGCUGAUGGAAGAAGGGCCAGCGCUGCAUGGCGUCUCGUCUGUCAUAGCUGGGUUUGUGACAGCUUGCAGUACAUCACCGUUUGACGUGGUGAAAACGCGCAUGAUGAACCAGAAAAAAGAUGUCAGUGGAAAACCGUUAGUUUACAGAAAUACGAUACACUGUAUAGAAAAAAUUGUAAGACAUGAAGGAAUACUGGGACUUUAUAAGGGAUUCAUACCAAACUGGAUGCGAAUUGGACCUCACACGAUUGUUACAUUUUUUGUCUUUGAAAAACUCAGAUAUUUAGUCGGUAUGAAACCAGUAUAGAACUGUUUUUUUUAUUGUUGUUGGAAUUUCGAAACAGUUGAUUAUUUACUGGCAUAUAUUUUUGUACUCUGUAUCAGAAAUUUUACUGUUGUGGACUAUUUACUUAAACAAAAUAUGCAGGCAUAUUUGUUUGUAUACUUGUGGACCGGUAUUUUUGGCUUUACAAGUUUAUUCGGAAUUUACUUGGUGAUUCUGAAACUUUCAGUAGGCCGUUAAUUUAUCCCUCGCUGGACAAAUCAGUCAUCACUAUAUAUAUUUUUUGUUGUUGUUUAACUUAUUUAUAAUGAUUAAAUAUACUAUAUUUAAUAUACUAAACCUUAUAAAUGUAUUUUGUUCAUAUAAGGAAGGUGCGAUGUUCUACAACUUUUUCAUUGUAUUUAAUUAAGGUGCAAAUUUUUUGUUAUUCUUGAAAAACAACACAAUAAAAACAAAUUUUAAAUGUUCGGCAUUUGCUGUAUUCUGUAGUUGUUGUAUUUUGGAAUCUCUACCAAUUUCCUCUCGCGCGCACCUUCACGAAAUUUGAACUAUUAGCGACUCGAUCAAGUUAUUUGAACUUCGUGCGGAACUUCUUUUGGUAGCUUCAAUGAACGAUGCUUGUUCCGUGAUACUGAUGCUAGACCGGUUUAUGACAACUUUAUUUAUAGUCAAUGACUGUUGCUUUAUUCAAUUCCAUUUCAAAAUCUUUUUCAUGUAAUCUAUCAAACAUGAAAGACCGUGUUUGACCACAUUUUCCAAACACCAAGGAUCAGAGUUUAUACGACGCGUAGCGGAGUAUUUUUGACGAACUUCGAGAUGUUUGGAAAUUUGGUCAAACACUGUCUU